CGGAGUUAAACCUGUGCUGGAUCUGCGGCGCAUCUGCAUGGCGGAUGUGGAUCACAAUAAAAUGAGAUAAAACACCAUUCUGGAUCUGCUGCGUGUCACCGAGUCGUUCUCUCGUACCUGUGCGGGAUGUCCAUGCUUGAAAGGGAACACCAGGCUGCCUAAGGCGGCAUUCACUUUUUCACAUACAUCAGCUCCUGCAGAGGUCUGUUAACUCAAAGGAGUGACUCGGCAGUGCAGCAUGGAGCAGGUGGAGCAAUCAGGAUCAGAGAGCCCCCAGCCAUCAUCCAUACAGUCAGACACAUCUACAGCUCCAGCGGAGGAAGGAAACAGUGGAACAAGUACCCGCAGGAAGCGCAGAAAGAGGGAGCAAAGGCCUGAAUCCAUUAUCGUGUACCGGUCUGAUACAGAGAGGACCGAUGGAGACGAGCGAAGUGGUGAUGUGGAAGUGACAGAGAGAAACUCAGAGGAAGGAGCUAAAUUUCUCUCGACCCCAACUGGGGAAGGAGGCUGGAAUCUACCCCCAGACAGCCGCUAUGUGACGUUAACCGGCACCAUCACACGUGGGAAAAAGAAAGGUCAGGUGGUGGACAUUCAUGUCACACUGACCGAGAAGGAGCUCCGUGAAAUGGCCAAGUCUAAGGAGCGUCUGGAUGCUGAGUGUGAAGCAGCAGGAGGAGCAAAGCGCUCGUGUGGUUUUGGAAUAGAUCAGGGUCCUCAUGUGGUGCUAUGGAGUCUUUCAUGUGCUCCUGUCAUCUUCCUGCUCUCCUUCAUCACCUCAUUUUACUACGGCACACUCACCUGGUAUAAUGUGUUCCUUGUGUACAAUGAGGAGCGGACGUUCUGGCACAAAAUCACAGUGUGUCCCUUUCUCAUAAUUUCUUAUCCGCUGAUCAUCAUGGCUGUGUCGUUGUCUUUAGGGCUGUACUCAGCAGUGGUGCAGGUGUCCUGGGUGUUCAGUGAAUGGUGGUUCUCAGUUAGGGAUCUUGAAAAAGGAUUCUGUGGCUGGGCCUGUGGCAAGCUGGGCCUGGAGGACUGCUCUCCAUAUAGCAUUGUAGAAUUACUCGACUCUGACACAAUUUCAGGAAGUCUGCAGGGGAAAGGUCCUGGCGAGGGCGUGCAGACUUCCUCUGUGUGAGGGUUGGACUCUGUCAUCUGGUGAAUUGUUUUUUUGUUUGUUUGUGUUAAAACAAUGUUUGGAUUAACGUCUUUUUGCUGGUCCUGAAACACCAUUCCACCUGACCCAUCAGUACUAUUAGUUUACACUCCUUUUCCCUCACCUGAGUCAAUGCAUUGGUCAGCUUCCAGAUGGUGCACGAUAAGUAGUUUGUACCUAUGGCAAUCUAAUGUUUACCAACCUGAACUGCAAUGAUUCAGAAAAUGAGCCAUAUAACAAAGUACUCUACAAGUACACAUAUAUUAGAACAUGUUAAAUUUGUGCAGUUCCAGUAUUUUAAUAAAUUUGGGUUUUUAUAAUUUUUCUAUAUAAGUUUAGUUUGAAAAUACUUAACAUAAUCUUUUUUUUGUGUGUGUUUUUUAAAAGGCUUAGCUAACCUUAACUACCAAUGCACUUUUUAUUCGGCUAACAUUAGUUACAGAUACUAUUGGCUAAUGUUAGUUAUAUAAACACUUUGCUAACAUUAGUUUCAGAUAAACAUGACUAAAAUUACAGACACUUUUGGCUAAUGUUAGUUACAGAUAUAAUUUACUAACAUUAGUCACAGCUACACUUUACUAACAUUAGUCACAACUACACAUUGCUAAUGUUCGUUACAGAUACACUUGGCUAACAUUAGGUACAGAUCAUUUUAGCUAAUAUUAGCUACAGAUACGUAUGGCUAACAAUACAGAUACUGUUGGCUAACAUUAGUCACAGAUACACUUAGGUAACGUUAGUUACAGAUCAUUUUAGCUAAUAUUAGUUACAAAUACACUUAGGUAACAUUACAGUUACACUUGGCUAACGUUAGUUACAGUUACACUUGGCUAACAUUAGGUACAGAUCAUUUUAGCUAAUGUUAGUUACAGAUACUAUUGAAUAACAUUGGUUACAUAUAAUACUUAUUUUAAGUCCACUUAUGAACAACGUUUCUACAUUUUUCAAGCAGUAAACGGUGAAGCUUACUGGAGAUAAUUUUGUGGGCCAUUUUAAAUCCUGUCACUACAGUUAUUCUCACUUUUAUCUGUGUGCAAUGUUUUGUAAAAUUCUUAGCUGUUUCUGCAUCCUAAAAUAGAAAGAAAUGCAGCUAUUACUAAUGAUGAGCGAAUAAAUUACUGAAUGAGUAAAGUCCACAGGAUCCCACUGAUGAUAUUAGAUGGCAGUGACUGGUUAAAAUGUUAAAAUGUUGUAUGAGAAAUAAUAAAGCGAUGUUGUUUUAGCAACAAGCCCUAUUGCUAUGUUCACUGAGUACAUGUGGUGGUAGAUUAGAUCUAUUUGUAUUGGUUAAGUGUGAUUGCUUACAGUAUUGGAGUCUCAUUAUUGCUUGUGUAAUGUAGCCAUGUCAGUGUACACCACGUAAAACCUAAGACCUACAAAUAAGGUAAUGAGCUCAUGUGAAAUACUUUAUUUGGGUUAUUGUAUUUGGCCUUUUUUAUCCACAAACUUUUUUGUUACAUCCGUAUUCAGUAAUCCCCUUGCAUCCUUUUAUCCAAAGGUAAUUUAACUUUCUUUACUUUUUUAUUCAUAUAUUUAUGCUAUUUAUUUUUUCUCUAUUUAACAAAUUGUGUCUGGAGGAGAACUUUUCCAAGACUACAAUUUAAACUUUAAACUCUAAUGAGUAUUGUUCAGUAAUUAAUUUGUAAUGACUGGUGAUAAUGAAUUUUCAAAUAUUAUUAAAUUCUGUUUAUUUUCCUUUGCACACACUGAGUUUUCGUAAUGCAAAAAUGAUAUUUUUGCCUUUUGUAAAAUACUUAAUAAUACUAUGAAGGUAUGAUUUGCACCUACUGUGAUUAGCUAAAGUAUAAGCAGUUUUUUUCGUAAUGUAUCACAUGACAAAAUUGAUGGUAAUUAUUGUAAUCAGUUUUCCUGUUACACACUGACAUUUGCGCAUGUGUUCAAAAUAUACAAUAUGAAACAUCCUGAAAUGAAAUAA